AUGGAACUGGUCUUCAAGCGGGCCCUCCUUCCCCUGUGCCUUUCUUUCUUACAUAGGCAAGCCAGAUCGUCCUUCCAGGAUCAGAUGCGAAACGAUAGCAAAUAUCAGCCUUUCGAAACACCCUCCGGGGGCUGGGGGGAGUGUGAGGAUGGGAAAACUUUAGCCAUGGUUUAUGUCUCUCACUCCUUAAUGAAACUCUUAGCAUUUGGAUUGCAAGAGGAGAAACACAAGCCUGACAUCUUCUGGCUGUCUCAAAAUGUGUCAGGCUUGUGCGAAGAGAAAACAAUGGAUCGCAGCUAUUGCACUUUCCUCUUGGUUCUGGUCUUCCUGAGGACAAACCCAGCUCUUUUUUCCUGUGUGCCCGGCUGUGUGUGUUCCGAUGAUAGCUUUGGCAGGAGUCUGCUGUGUUUGGCCUCCUCCAUGAAAAUGAUUCCAAGGAACAUCCCAUCCGAUAUCAGAAAACUUAGACUAGAAAGCUCUCCCCUCACAGAGCUUCCACGGGGCUCUUUCUCCAACGGCAGCGCCUUGCGGUACCUCUGGCUCAAUUUCAACAACCUCACGGUGAUCCACUUGCAGAGCCUGGAGUCCCUGAGAGGCCUAAAGGAACUGAGGCUGCGGGGCAACAAGCUGCGCUCAGUACCGUGGGCGGCAUUCCAGGACACGCCGGCCUUGGCCAUCCUGGACCUCCAGCACAACCGGCUGGACGUCCUCCCCGAACAUGCGCUGAAAUACCUGGCCAACCUGAGCUACUUGGACUUAUCCUCCAAUCAGCUCACGGUGGUCUCUCAGGAAGUGUUCUUCAACUGGCCGAUGUACCAGAGAAGCCAACAGGCGGAAGGGGGCUUGGAAGUCAUGUCCAACGCCGUGUUGGCUCUCCACGCCAACCCUUGGGUGUGCGACUGCCGCCUUCGGGGCUUCGUGCAGGUGGUCAAUUCCAUCAGCCCCCCGCUUAUUCUAGUGAACUCUUACCUGACGUGUCUGGGCCCUCCGGCGCAGGCAGGGCGCUUCUUCCACGAAGUAACGCUCAAGGGCUGCAUGAAGCCCCUCAUCUCCACCCCCGGGACCAACUUCACCGUCCAGAUGGGGAAGAAUGUUACCCUGAAGUGCUUGGCCCAAAGCAGGCCUCCCCCAACCCUUUCCUGGACUUACCCGCUGAGGCUGCUGAGGGCAUUUGAUGUGUCGACGUUCCCCAUCGAGGAGGACUCAGUCGCAUCCGAGCUGAUCAUACCCUCUGUGCUUUUGGCUGACGGAGGCAACUACACCUGCACAGCCAUCAACUUCGUUGGCAACAGCUCAGUCAGCAUAGCCCUCCACGUCCAAGCUCCUCGAGCUGCCUCCUCCUCCUCCUCUUCAUCCCAUUUUUCCUCCUCAGAGGACACUCCCUCCAUCCACAUGAGGAUCGCCAAGCAGACGGUGUAUGGGAUCACCCUGGAGUGGUUCACCACAGCCGACGAUCCGGCUGAGACGUGGGUCACCCUCUCCUUGGGGAAGUUUGAAGCCGCGCAGAAGGACACGGUGUACGUUGGCCCCGGGAUCAACACGUACUCGAUGGACGGUCUCCUCCCGGCCACCAAGUACGAGGUGUGCAUCGCUCUCCGCAGCCAGCCCUCCCACAAGGGCCAGUGCGUCGUCUUCAUCACGGGCAGCAACGUCAGCGAGCUGGAGCAGCGGGAGAAGCUGAUCCACAUCAUCGUCGUCGUGUGCGCCAUGGUGCUCUCCGUGCCCGUCGGGUUGUACGCCUGCACCACCGAAACCCACUUUGGCUACCUGGAACGCUGCUGCCAGUGUGGCCCCCGGAGGCGGAGGGGCCCCAGAUGCCCUAACGCUGCCAUCGAGAGCAAGGACAGCACAUUCAACAGCCCGGCGGCGGGCAGCGAGGAGGGUCUCUGCCACAGGGACCCCCGCGGCCAGGACGGUGGGGAGCGUCAGGGGCUCGGGGCUGGAGAGUCUGACACGCCAAACCCCAACUGCCAAAAUGGUGCUGACCUCUACUAGCUAGAGUCCAGCUCCUUGGUAAAAGUGAGGUCGGCUGUGGGCCAGAAGUGUGAGGACGUGAGGACUGGAUC